AUGCAGAGACGAAGUCCUCCCAAGCAUAGACACGAUGGGACUUCGCCGCUGCCUCUUGGCAUGGAUUGGAGUCCUGCUCCUCGAAAAUGGAAUGGACGUGAAACGGAAUGGCCACACAAUCAUCGUACCGGUUGGAGCUAUUGCGUCGUAAUACCUUCUUGGGUCUUCGUGCCAAAAUCAAGGAAUUCAGAUCCUAUAGUGUUCUACAGGCUUCAAGUUGGUAUACAAUCACCAGAAGGGAUUACGAAUAUCCAUGGAGUACUAAGAAGGUUCAAUGAUUUUAUAAAGUUGUAUGUUGAUCUUAAAAAGGAGUUCCCCGGGAAAAAUAUCCCUCCAGCGCCACCCAAGGGACUCUUGCGAUUGAAAAGUCGAGCUUUAUUGGAAGAGAGAAGGCGCUCUUUGGAGGAGUGGAUCACCAAACUGUUGUCUGACAUUGAUAUCUCAAGAUGUGCUCCCGUGGCAUCAUUUCUUGAGCUAGAAACUGCUGCUAGAUCUUCAUUUCAAGAUGCAAGCCAGCAGAAUUCAGUAACAGAUCCUGAUUCUAAUAACAGAGAUUAUUCAUUGCAAUCAUCUCUCCAUUUGAACUUAUCAUUAGCUGCUGGAAGUUCAUCUGUUGCGUCAGAUUAUGGUAGCGAUACUCCAUAUGAUGCAUCUGAAGUAGGAACUCCGAGAAUUGGGCGGGAUGAUAACUCUGAAGUUGGGACAGAUGAUCUGACCUUAGAUGAAGAUAUGACGAAUCCAAUAGAAAGGCUUGUAAAAUAUGGCAUCUCAAAUAUUGAUGAGGGUUUGUUUUUGGGUCAGACUAUUCUAGAGCAAUUAGAAGGACUUCCUAGGCAUAAAGUAAAUGCCAGACAUAUGAACAAUGUUACAGGGAAGGACAGAAGUAAUGGUAAUUCGUAUGAUUCUUCACUUCUAGCUAAUAAUACCAUGGAACGUUUCUCUGAGCCUGGACAUGCUAAAGUUUUUGGUCACAUUCGUAAGCUUUCAAAUGAGAGUGUUGGAAGUGAUGGAAGCUCAGUACGAGGUAGUGACAUGUCUAAUUUUGGGAUUCCAAAUUCGUCUGGUGAUGGAUCUGUCGACCUUCCUGGAUGUGCCUCAGUUUCAAGAGAAACGGAUAUUACGGGCCACAAGUUGAAGUGUACCGGCGAUGCUCAAUUAGUCCUUCCGCUAGAUCAACGCAGUAAACUGAACAGGAUUCUUUCAACCAUGCAGAGAAGACUAGUCACAGCGAAAUCUGAUAUGGAGGACCUUAUAGUUAGAUUAAAUCAAGAAAUAGCUGCAAAGGAUUUUCUUACAACAAAGGUCAAGGAUGUGGAAGUUGAACUUGAAACUACCAAACAGAAAAAUAAGGAGAACUUGCAGCAGGCUAUUCUGAUCGAAAGAGAAAGAUUCACCCAAAUGCAGUGGGAUAUGGAGGAACUUAGACGAAAGUCAAUGGAAAUGGAGAUGAAACUUAAGUCUGAAUCAGAUGGAAAUGCUGGUCAGAAUUUGACAAAAUCAAUUGUCCAUCAGAACGAUGUGCUGUUGCAGGAUUUAGAUGCUGCUAGAGAGCAGCUUGAAAUUUUGUCAAAACAGUAUGUAGAGCUAGAAGCAAAAUCCAAAGCAGAUAUUAAAGUUCUGGUUAAAGAAGUCAAAUCUCUCCGUAGUUCCCAAACAGAAUUGAAGAAGGAACUUAGUGAGGCUAUAAAGGAGAAACUGGAAGCGGAGGUAGAAGUCAAAUCUCUCCGUAGUUCCCAAACAGAAUUGAAGAAGGAACUUAGUGAGUCCAUAAAGGAGAAACUGGAAGCGGAGAAACUACUACUUCGUGAAAGAGAGAAGAGGGAAGAAGCCGAAACAGCUUCUAGAGAAUUGCUUGAGAAAUGUGGCCUUCUUUUUAAGCAGCUUCAAGAGUGCAAUGUCGAUCUUCCUUACAAUGAUGAGGAUAGGUCAGUCUUGCAUUCAUCAACAUCAACUGAUGCUUUUAAUCUAUUAAAGACAUCUGAUGGCCGAAUCGACAUCCUACUAGCAGAGGUAGAAAACUUAGAGAAGGACUACAGAAAUGCAGCUUUUAAUGUAGAUAAAACCAAUGACGUACAAGAUGGUGUAAUCUGUGGUGAUGAAAUGAGAAAGAUCAUAGCAGAUUUGUUCGUUGAUAAUGUUAGAUUGAGAAAACAAACAAAUCAGAUUACAAGGCAUGCUCUCAAAUUGGAAAUGACAACAAGUGUUGAUUCUCCUUCAAUUGAAAAUGUAACAAAUAGUUAG